ACUUCCGGUCCGGAAAUUGCAGCCACGCCCACGACGUGACGUCACUAAAGAACUUAAACAUGGCCGACAGCUAGCGAGGAGCGAGCUGACCGCAAACCUAGCCAAAAACGCUGGCGAGCUCACAAAUUCUACCGUCCUGGACGAGGAUAUUUCAGGCUUUUUGUUCUUCAUUAGUGAGCUGGCGUUUAGCCGAGCUAAAUUUCCCCACAACGCCGUAAAGUGGAGAUCCGUGGACGAGUCAAGAAUCAACAGGAAACAUGGAGCAAACACGCAAACAUGGCAGAUCUCACCACGACGACGACGACAGCAGCAGCAGCAGCGGCGGGGAUUCGGACUGUGGCAGCCCCGCGUCCCCUUCCGCCGAGAGCCUCCGACCCAGCUCGUCAUCGGGAAACGCGUUCGCCAACGACGGCAGCUUCAUGGAGAUGUUCAAGAAGAAGAUGGAGGAGGAGAUGAUGAAAAAGGCGCAGGGAACAGAUGGAGAGCAAGGACAUGCAUCAGUGGGAAAGAAGCCUCCUCCAGUGACCACAUUUGUGGGGAAGCGCCGAGGCGGUGUGUUCCUUAAGACCGGCAUGGUUGCAAAGAAGCAGAAACAGGACUCGGAGGCCGAGCCGGGCAAGAGUGACGCCUGGUCAAAGUACAUGGCCGAGGUGAAAAAGUACAAAGCCCACCAGUGUGGCGACGACGAUAAGACCAGACCUCUGGUCAAGUAGAUGCCCAUCAGCUGUGCUGUGAGAGGAAACCGCAGGAGAACUUCAUCCACAUUUUGUUCCAUUUUGUGUUUGGCAGACUUGGAGACCCCCCUGCCCCCACUUUGUUUUGUAUUUCUUCGUUCUGGUUCCAUUUUCUUUCACUAACGUGGCAUAUGUGGUUGAAUUGUUUUCGUAUUAUUUGAUGUGUCGGAGCUUGAUUAAAACCUCCACUGCCUGGU